CCCAGCUGAAUUUUUUUUCGCAAACAAUGCAAAAAGUCUCAAACACACUGUUAUCCAUUGGUUUGAGCCAAAGGCAAAAGGACUGUUUACUCAACCACUCUGCGUUGAAUUUACAUUUCCCCAUCUCAAUAAUAUGAAAUGUAUGGCUAGGUGCAAAAAAUAUGUGUAGUGUAGAGCAUGACAUUUUGUCUGGACUCCCGUUAUGACACUGGAUUCACGCGGGAAUCCCACGGGAUGGGAAUUUCACCUGGGGCUCCGCACCGUUUAUUUAUUUAGGCUACUGUGGUGACCCUUUAUUGUAGGACAUAAUUCACCCACGAAGCUUGUGUUUAUAUUUGGCUGAGCGCGUUACCGGCUACGUCACAGUCACAUGACAGACACGAGACAAUUAAGAGCCGUGUGCUUUCCGGCUGAGUUCAGGGAGAGUUAGCAGUUGCAUGAGAGGCCGGACACAGCAGCAAGUUUACUCGACAGGCCAUCGAGACUCAUAGCAUCCAUCCGCUAUACUACAACUUUUUAAGACCUUGCGGGAACCCUGGCAUGCUGUUGUUGAUCUUCAUUUGAACAUUUGAGCUGACAUCACAUCCGGUGAGUGUAUUGUUUGUUAGCACUGCUACUAGUCGCUAAUCUCCUAGUGCUCCUCAGUUUGUUUUAUCCCACUGACACAUCGGAGAAUCGAUCCUAGGCAUGUUCGGCUCUCCUCGUGCUCCUCGAUUUGUUUAUCCCACGAUUUAACAGCGUAAACGCCUGCUCGUAGAUUAAAACUACUCUACUCUCCUCUUUAGCUCUAUCUUGCUAGCCUAGCUUAUCCGAGCCAUGGCUAGCCCACUGCCUUCUCCCUCCAGUCUUUUCUGCUCAGUGUGCUGUAUGUGUAGCGAGAACCCUGGCUCCUUCGUCGAGGACAGUAGUAGCUGUAGGAAGUGUAGCUUAGUCUCAGGGCUGGAGACCAGGGUUUCUGAGCUAGAAGCACGGCUCUGCACUAUAGAGACGAAAGCUAAUCCGAGCUUUAGCCAGGUAGUAGCAGGGCCCGCAGGUCGUGCUUGCAGUAGUAGGAAUGCUAGCGCAGUUAGCCCCCCAGCGAGCCCCGUGCAGCCGGGAGAAAUUAAGGACGGAUUUGUGAAUGUACGGGGGAAGCGUAGUGGUAAACGCACAACCUUAGUGCACCAGCAGCUUCACGUCAGCAAUAGGUUUGAUCCCCUCAGCGACACACCAGCUGAACCAGACACUCUCGUAAUUGGAAGCUCCAUAGUUAGAGACGUGAAGCACCCGGCGGUGUUUGUCAGGUGUUACCCAGGGGCCAGAGUCGGUGACAUCGAAGGAAACCUCAGGCUUUUAAAGCAGAGUAGAAAGAGGUUCCGCCGUAUCGUGAUUCACGCAGGCGGUAAUGACGCCUGGCGGAGACAGUCUGAUGUGCUUAAAUUAAACGUAGCCUCGGUGUGUAAACUUGCUCAGUCGAUGGCGGACACCGUAGCUUUCUCUGGUUCUCUUCCUAAUUUGGUCAAUGAUGAAAUGUACUCUAGGUUCUCAUCAUUUAACCGCUGGUUGUCUAGAUGGAGCCCAGAAAACAACAUAGUCUUUAUUGAUAACUGGCACGCGUUCUGGGGGAAGCCCGGCCUCGUUCGCGGAGACUGCAUCCAUCCGACUUGGGACGGUGCUGCUCUCUUAACUCGAAACAUGGCCGCCAAACUUAGUCUCCCAAAGUGACACUCCAGAGUGGGGGCGCAGUGUUGUAGUGUAAAACACAACUCUGUAGUGAUCACUCACCUCUUUCCAAGCUGUCACAAAUCCAACAUUCAGGACAGAAGAUAGAGACUGUGUCCGUGCCUCGUAUAGUGAACAGUAGAAAACAUAGUACUAUAGGAACGAGGCCAAAGAAUUUAAUACAUAUAGCCCCUGAUAGCAGUGAAAAUAAAAUAACUCUUAAUAAAAAUAUAAAAUGCAGAUUAUUAAA